AUGAAAUAACAAUCUCUCAACCUCAAUUCUUUCUCUCUCUAUUCUCCUCUUUCUACCUCCAAAAUUUCCACCCUUAUUCAUCAAACUUGUGGUGUCUUGUUCCAAUAUAAAAGUGACAUUUCUGCCUCCUGCAAAUUGCAAUGGAUCUGAUAUGUGCUUGUGGCCUACUGAGAAGCAAAACAGUUAUACCUAUAAUUUAUUACGUGAUUUUGAUGAAGUUGUUACCAAUCUAAUUCCCUUUGGUCUUUGAAGAAUCAAAUGAAGAAAAUAUAUCUUAUACCAGCUCUCUCAUAUUUGGCCUGCUGUACAAGUGAGAACAAGAAGUGAAUUGUAAAUUGAAAAUUCUGAAAAGAAUGAAAAAAAAAAAAUGAAAUAAGAGAAAAGGAGUAAAUAAAGAUGAUUAGAGUAAACAGUUAGUUAAAUAUUCCUUUGUUGUAGAAGUAUAUAGAAAAGGUAUGAAAAUGAAGAAUGGUUUGGAUUGUGUAAAAGAAUGAAAGGUGUUGAAGAAAUAUGUGGGUGGAAAUAUUAUGGAAUUUGCUUUGUGGGUGGUAUGCUUAGUUCUGGCGCAACUCAUCUCGCCAUUACUCCUCUCGAUGUACUCAAAGUCAAUAUGCAGGUUUAUCCCAAUAAAUAUAACAAUGGAAUCGUAUCUGGCCUUUCCACCAUCUGGAAACAACAAGGUUCUUAUGCUCUUUGGAGAGGUUGGUCCGGGAAACUCUGUGGAUACGGUAUUCAGGGAGGAUUCAAAUACGCUCUCUACGAGUAUUUCAAGAAUCUUUAUGCCGAUCAUCUAUUGCUUCAUUCUACCAGAAAUUCUAUUUUCUUUCUCAGCGGUUUGUCUGCACAGAUUUUAGCUGAUCUUACCCUUGCUCCUUUUGAAGCCGUUAAAAUUCGUCUUCAAAUUCAACCUAAUUUUGCCAAGGGUUUAUCGGACGGUUUUCCGUUGGUAUACAGAAAUGAAGGUCUACCUGGUUUCUAUAGGGGUCUUAUUCCCUUGUGGAGCCGCAAUCUUCCUUUCUCUAUGGUCAUGUUUUCAUCCUUCGAGCAUUCCGUGGACCUAAUAUAUAAAAAUAUCGUGCAUAAAAGAAAGGAGGAUUGUUCUACACCACAACAGCUCGGUGUCACGUGCUUUGCAGCCUAUACAGCGGGUGCUCUUGCUACUGUAAUUUCCAACCCCGCCGACAAUGUCAUGACCAGUCUUUAUAAAAAAAAAGCUGAAUCUGCUAUGCAGGCCAUCAAGAACAUUGGAUUCAUAAACCUGUUCACCAGAAGUCUUCCUAUUCGCAUUGCACUUCUAGGACCAGUUAUAACUUUGCAGUGGUUUCUCUAUGACACUAUAAAAGUGCUAUCGGGACUGCCUACUAGUGGAGGACUCGCAAGAGACCAGAAGGAAGUUAAAUUGUAGCUUGUGCUCAAGUAUAUCGGUAGAAUGUGGCGGUUUGGUCUUGUGGGUCUGAAUGGUUUCUUAAAUUGUAGCUUAGGAUACUUUGCCUUUGAAACCUGCAUAUGCAGGGUUACAUAAAACUGUGACAAACUUUUUUUUUUUUUCUAAGCUCAUAGAUAUAUAUUUGUACUUUCUUUUUUUUCUCUAUUUCAGAGUCAAUAUAUUGAAACAUGGCUUCUUUGUAUUUGUCAUAUAAAUACAAAAUAUGUUUUAAUAAGAUAUUGGUCGCUAUAAUAAACCAAAUUGAUCUUGUGGUCC